AUGGCAGAAAACGUUAAUAUACCUCCUAUGUUGACCCUCGAAAAUUAUGAAAACUUUCGAACAAACGCAUAUGUAACGAUAGAAACCUAUGCUAGAAAACAAAAAUCUAUACUUCCACCUGGGGAGGUUGCUUUUUGUCGGACUGUUGAUCCCGCGUCUGCUCUCGCGCUAGAAAGACUCUCUACUAAAAUAAAAAAUAAGCUGAAUCGCUUGUUAGUAAAUGCAGACAUACCCGGUGCUGAAAUGCUCGGUAGAGUUAACGACGCAAAAGAUUUUGAUAUUUGGUUUAAGGAUUUGGUUACUAUGAAUGAUUCCUUGAUUGACGGUGUGAAUGCAUCCUUGGAUGAAUUAACCGGGCGUAGUCAAAAAUUCGCGAGUUCUACAGCAGACGCAUCAACAUCAAUGGUGGCACAAGUUAGGGCUAAAGAUAAAAUUGACAAUUCUGGCGUUCCAUUUAUUCCUAAACUUCCAAAUAAACCGAACGCAGUUGUACCGCUAAAACUGGACGGUAUUGAAGAAGGAUCUGUGUAG